GAAACCUCUACAACCCCAUCAAUCAUCACCGUCACUGUCAGCGUCCUCCUCCCAUUCCCGGCACCCACAAAUUCGGGUCCCCCCACGAGCACUGGUGCACCCUUCCGCAACAAUAGGACUACCUGGGAAGACUGGUCCCCGGGCCAUAGAGCGGGUUUGGUGGUCGGGUUACUGGCCGGGGUCAUGGCGGCAGCACUGGUACUAUUCUGCAUGGCGAAGAGAUGUCGAAAGGAAAAGCGGGAUCCGGGGAGCGAAGGCCUGUGGGAAGGAAACGGUGAGAACGGCGAAGGCGACGCAGAGGAUGUCGCGGGAACAAGUCGCGGGAUUGGCCGCUUCGCGGCCGGUAUUCUUGGAGGGAAUAAAAAGUACCGGGAAGGGAAAGGGUUGAGGAGGGAUGGAAUCGGCCGUGCCCACAGGGUCGAUAUUCACCAGAUUUCCGACCCGGUUUUUUUACAUUCGUCGCGCGGAGGUAUCGACGAUAUCCCUGGCACUGAUCAACGCCCAGCUGAGGAUGCCCUGUUACUGCAAAGGCCGCAGAGGUUGGAUUGGCCAUUACCCAUGGCGGAGGGUGAGGCUUCUGGUACUACUACUACUACUACUACGGCAGGGCAGCGUAGAGUCUACAGUCAGCGUGGACAGAGUUCGAGGGAAAGUCCGAGUGUUAGAGCUGUGAGUUAUAAACCGUUGGCCGCAGAGGAAACGACUGAGGAUGAGGAUGAGGGAGUGAGCAGGGGGAUUGCGAAAGGGGGGAGGGGAUUGCAGAGACGGAUGAGGCGUUAGUUUGUAUAUCAGAGUAUUUGUAUACCACAAAUAGACACUCAAGGACACCCAAGGAUGGUUAUCGUACUGCAGAUAACCACGGGUGUGACCCUUAGGAAGGCUAUUUCGGCCCCCACGCAUAGCUGAAUAUUCUCAAUCCAUUCUUCUAUCGUCACAUCG